UCCCGCGCCGUACGGCCGGGCGCUCCGGCUCCAUCCGCUGGCAACUUUGUAGCGCGGGGCGCGGGCGGCACCGCCGCGGCUCUGCCCUCACCGGGGGGCGCGGGUCGACCCCUCCCGGCCGCGGGCCGGCGGGCCCACCCCGCCAUGGCCGGCAUCGGCAUCGACCACUCCAAGCUGCCCGGAGUGAAGGAAGUGUGUCGAGACUUUGCUGUUCUGGAAGAUCACACCUUGGCCCAUAACUUACAAGAACAAGAGAUUGAGCAUCACUUGGCAACAAAUGUUCAGCGUAAUCGUCUGGUGCAACAUGACUUGCAGGUGGCUAAGCAACUGCAGGAAGAGGAGGAUCUGAAAGCACGUGCUCAAAUCCAAAAACACCAAAAAGACUUAGAACGACAGGACUGCGAGAUUGCUCAGGAAAUCCAAGUGAAGCUUGUAUUUGAAGCAGAGCAGCGCCGCAGGCAAGAGGAAAAAGACGAGGACAUUGCCCGUCUUCUUCAAGAGAGAGAACUGGAGGAAGAGAAAAAGCGCAAGAAGCGCUACCCAGAAUCCCAGGGACACACAGUCUAUGAAGAAAAUGGAGAGCACCCCUGGGGUGACCCCAGAGAGCAGGUUUCUGAGCCUCGCAGGGCACGUAGUGGUGACAGACACACACGCUGGCAGAGAGAGCACCGAGAAGCACCCUCGCCAUUGUCCGACGGUGCCUGUGGACACAGGCAUUCCACCUUGGAGGAUUGUCGGAGGUCUCCUCAUCCAAGUGAGCCCAGCGGUGACCGUUGGCAGGAGUGGAAAUCAGCCAGCCAGGGGAGGUCCAGGAGACAUCCCAGCCUUGACCUGGAAAGAGAGUCUGAGCAUGGCACCCAUGACCACAGCAACAGCUGGGAGCUGCGGGAGAGGAGGGCAGGUGGCAGAGAGAAUGCUUGGAGACCUCUCAGUCUUGACCUGGAGUCCGACCAUAGACUCGCAGACCAGGCGUGGUGCAGCAGAAAGCCAACAAGGCAAGACAGAAAAAAGCACCUUCCUCUUCUUGAGGUGGAACUGGAGGCUGAGCAGGAAACCUGGCAUCAGGGUGGCAGCCAGCUGGUGCAUCCUGAAAAACACAAGUCUCGUCAUCAGGGCCGCUUGUCACACAGAACGGUGCAAGAUGAGAAGCACCAUGAUGCUGAACCUAGAGAUAAUCAUAGGAGGGGUGAGGAGAGAGACUCCAAAAGGGCAGGACACAAGAGACAUUCCCCCUCCUUACAUGCAGUGACCCAGGGGAAGGUUGGAGACUGCUGGCAAGACUCAGGCACUAAGUUGAGGGGGACGAAGCAAGCCAUGUAUGAUACACCCCGAAGGGAGCAGGAGUUAUCUGAUGCAGAGAUUGCUCGGAAGCUGCAGGAGGAAGAGCUCCUGGCUAAUGAGGAAGAUCAGAAAGCAGCUCAAGUAGCCCAAGAUGAGGAAAUUGCCCGACUCUUGAUGGCUGAGGAGAAAAAGGCUUUCAAGAAAGGGAAGGAGAGAGAAAAGUCUUCCUUUGACAGGAGGAGGCAUGAUCAAGACUGGAAGCAUGAUGCAAGCGAGUCUACACGCUCAAGGUCAAGAGAAGGGCCUGAAACUCAGCGGCACAAAGGAGACAGGUCUUCAAGCAGGUCACAGCCUCCUCUCGAUGACUUUGAACACACUCGGUAUUACACAAGCCAGCCCAGCCCCUUGCGCCAGAUCCCCAAAGCUGAGCACUCUCCUAAAGGUUCCCGUAGGAAGCAGUAAACUGUGCUAGCCUUUGCUUUGGUACUGACUCUUCUGUAGCAAACAUUACUGGAAUUGCCAGGCAACUUUCUUGAUUCCUUACCCAAUGAGAGGUCCACCCUCCACUCCCAACAUCUCCUCUUUAAGUGUCAUCAUAUUAAGUAACAUUGUUUGUUUCAAUGUCUUACUCAUGUGAUGACUUAAGCAGUGCAGUACAAUCUAGCCGCUGCCGAGCUAUGUGAAUCAUUUAGCUGACUUAACAGCUCCCUUUUACUUUCUUUUGAGGCUUUCUUUUUGUUUUUAUUUUUAUUGUUAAGCUUUGGCUGGAGCUUUGAACAAAUAGAGAUGCAUGUACAACAGGGAAGACGACCCAAGAAAUCAGUUGGGUUAUGGCAAUGCAGCAGAACUUCAGAAGUACAAGUCCUUUCUGUAUUAGGAUGACUUAGCAAAGAGAGUCAUAAGAGGAAAUGUGUUUCUUCCUGUGCUGGCUAAGGCAGCUGAGUCAACCUGACAGUCAUGCUAACUUGCGGGAAGGAGAGAGCAUCUUCAUAACAUACAGCAGCAAAAGCCAGAACCUGGGACUAGUGAAGAGGAAAUUGUCUAGAGAACAAAAUAUCAUAACUGCUGUGUUUCUUUCUAGGGUUUCCAGCAAUCUGGGUAGAAUGUGUAGUCGGGCAUUUGGCUCCAGGAUCUAGGAUAGAACAGUUAAAGGAUAAUUUCAACUGAAAUUAGACAUCGUCUGCAUGACUUUUAAGACAUCCUAGGGCGUUAUUGAAGCUGUGACUUGUGGGUUGGGAAGAAUCAUACAAAAAUUUGAAUGCCUGAAGGGACCUCUGUGGUCACCUGCUUUGAGCUUCAGUAUGGCAGAAGCCAAGGAAUUUCACUGGAGCCAAGUAGGAACUACUGCAAGUCCUAGCUCAGUUGCUGAUGCACUUGAGUACAGUAACUUGUGUCUGAACCUGCAUAUGUCUGCAUGAGGCUGAAGGAGGGCCAUAUAGGCACUGAGCAUUGCAUCUAAACUCUACAGUUACAGGCAGCUUUGAGCUAGGCAGUGCUGAACAGUUCACACAAUGUCUGUGCUGAUUGCCUCUCCUCUAUACUGCUCCGUCCAGCACCCCAGGCAGACUCCAGUCAGAAUAAAACUAUUGCUUGGUAUAGCAUGGUCUGCAAGUUUAAGUUGUCUGUGUAGAUCUGCCCAUGCAUUGAUUUUAAUUUCCCUGCCCCGCAGCUCCCCCCCGCCCUUCAAUGGCUUUUUUUCCCUCCAGUCUUUGAAAAUCAUUCUUCUCUUGCACAAACAAGUAGUCUUUUCCCUUGGCCUCUUCUCAUUUCAAUUCUUUUGUCUUUUUAAUAAUUUUUUGCCACUUUUUUUUACAUGCAUUUUAAAACUACAAAGCUGAGCAUCUGGACACUGGCUUGGAUUCUGUUCAGCCAGUACAAGCUAGUUAUUUGCCAGUCCAGUUCAUGGCAGCAAGCCUGAUUACCUUGCCCCUGCAGCCCAGCUUCCAUACAGCCCAGCACUGAGGCUCUCCCACCAUGUUCUUUGUCAUCUUCUGGCAGCUGCAGUUCUGCUGUUGGCUGUGCUUGCCCUCACCACUGAUCUGCCUGGGAAAGGAGCUUUGACAGCUCUAGAGCUUUGUGGAGAGCAUGUGCUGGCAUGGAGCACCAAGACAUCUGAAGAGACCACGACUCUGCACCUUCCCCUAAUACACAAUUUAAUCCCCAAGGCAGCUGUAAGGCUUUAACUUCAGCUCUUGUCCUUGCUCACAAUAGUUUCUGAGGCAAAUGGCUGGGAAGAGGCAACUCCUUUUUGUACAGAAGUUGCAGGGACAAGUUUAAUACCACAGCACAAGCCCAUGCCUUGCCUUGACCAACAACUCAAGAAACAUCCAUCUCUUACCCCACUGGCCUCUUGGUAGCAGUUCUCUACCUCUGAAGAGCCGUAUAACCACUGGUAGACCUCUGCUGCAGGCAUACACUAGCCAAAAAUCCUGUUAACAUAGGACUGUGCAGUGGCAAGCAUCCUGCUAGCUGCAUACCCUUGCUUCCAGACUGUGAGCUUGCUCACCUGCAUGAACCCUUAAGUGACUUGCAAGGUCUUGCUUGCUUACUGCUUCUUCUCAGGAAAUAUCCCAGCUGGCGGCUAGAUUGUACUGUCCUUGCUUGUUCUCUGUUCUUGUUCCAUCUGUCCAUUCAGAAGUGUUAAUGUUGUUUUAAAGGAUCUGGAAAAAGAGCCACAUCGACCCUAUUUUUUCCUUUUUUAUUUGAUAACUUGGGCCAAUGUGGCAACUUCAUCUGCAAAGAAUUUAUUUUGUAAAAAUUUAUUUUUGUAUUUCAUGUAACAGUCAAAAUUUCUACUGCUGAAAAUGCCUCUUUUUUAAUUUUUUUUUUUCCCUGUGGGUUUUUCCCCUCCAUUGCCAUCAGAGUAUUUACUGUUGUGAAAUGGGUGCCUGGUGGGGUUUUAUGAACUAGUACUUUCUACAAACACCCCAGUUCAGGCCCUGCUGCUUGUAUCAUCUGGUGCACUUGUAAAAACUGGACGGGGAAAGCCCCUGCCAAAUCAGAAAGUGGAUGUGCUUUGUACUAAUUGUGCGUGGGGAAAAAUGGUGACCCUCUGCAAAAGGCAAGGGGAGAUUGCCAGCUAGGAAUUCAGCCCUUCCUGGGCCUCUAGCUGGCUGUGACGGGCUUUCUUGCACUGCAGUUGGCUGAUGUAACUUCUAUCUUACCCUGAUUGAAAAAGUCACGAAGGCCCUGAGCCUGCUGACAUGUGGAGAGCCUAUUAAUUCAGGAGGGAUGCUUGGGAGUAUCCAAGUUGUUGACUUCAGUGGGAGUAAGUGGAAAUGCUAUGAGAGAAAACUCCUUGUUGAUUGUGUUUGGAAGCUGGGUAAAGUCUGUGGAACACCUCAGUGCCUACUCUGCAGAGCUGCAGGAUCUCCUUAAUGGCCUCCUCUGGCCAACCAAGCUCUCCAGCCAUGGCACCAAGAGACGAGAGCCCAAGGGAAGGAUCCCAGGAGCAUCUGCUGCUUCCUUGGAUGCCUUCAGGGAAUGCUGAAUGCUUUGUGGGCUGCUGUGCUCUAUAUACUCCCUUAGACCGUACUUUUCUAUUCUUACUCUCACCUUUAUUAGUUUGCUGGGCCUUGUAAGUGCUUCUCCUGUUUUAUUUUUCCAUAGCCCUUUAGAAAGGGAGGACCUAAGGUUUUGUUAGAAGGGGCUGACACCUAUCGAGAGAGAGAGAGAAAUGCUAGGAAUGGUAGCUGAGGAAAGCAUGUAGGAAAUGGGGUAUAAACAGAGCAAUUGUUCAUCUAACGUAUGUUGUGGGCCUCGGGCUGUCAUGCAGGUGAGAGUCUUCCUGAGGCAAAAGUUGCAGCUGGACUUGCAUGUUUAGUAACCACUUUUGGAAGGAGAUUCCGUGGUCCCAUUGAAGUCAAUGAGAGUUAAGAUCAUGGAAGAACAAGGAGCCAACUCAUCUUGGGGCUCAGCAGCCACGGUUCUGCUGAGAGUCAAGAAGAUGCAGCUUGUGUAGGCCAGAUGCAAAAUCAGCACCUUGCACCUGUGGCCCUGGAAAGAGGCACAAAAAAAAAGUUGAUCUUUUAAAAAAGAAACAAUCAGAGCAGCAUUUCCUUUUUAUGACAGAACAGCGUUUAAGUAACUUCAUUUUUUCCUUGUUUUCUCUUGCCAAGUUUUAGUAGCUUUGCCUAUGAGUUUGCUCUGGAUUUAAUAGCUUGUCAGAGCACUUGCUGGGACCCCUGCCCAGGUCAUUCAGCUCUUGCAUCCCUUUCUAACUCUGUGCAUUAAAAAGGCAACAGGCACCAUGUGGAACAUUCAUCACCAUGAAAUCCUGGCACCUCCUAACCUUCACAGUAGGCACACCUCACCAGCAAGAGCUCUCGCCGCCACCUCACCUCCGUCCGAAGCACAACAGUUUGCAGAAGAGAGGUUAGGCGAACCGGAGUGAUCGUGCCUUAUAUGCAGGGAUGCUCGAUGUCUUCAGCAGGCUGAUGUGAGUCACCUUGCUAUGAAACAUUGUCUUAAUGUGGACUGUACAGCUUCCUGCAGCAAGAAGCAGUUGUCGUCAUGCAGAUAGAUCCAGCAAGUUAAUCUCAUCUAUUUUUUAAAGAACUUCAUGGUGUUGAACUUAGUGGGGUGGGAAAAUAGCAGCUCUUAGGGGUUAGUCUCAUCCAUGAAUUUCUCCUCUUGGGGAGGAAGAAUAGAAGUUACAAAUGCUGCAGUCUGCUUCACUCUGUGAAAGGGAUCUUGUAUGUACAGUAUUUUUAUAUCUCUGCAUUCCCACCUGUCAGGAUUUGAAUCAGGAUUAAUAACAUUCUCUUACUUGGGGAAAAAAAAAUGGAUUUUUAUUUUUACAGUGCUAGACCUUUGUGUGUUUUUAUUUUGUGCCAAAUUACAGCCACUGUUACAUUCUAGUGUUUUCAGUUUGUUGAUCAAUGUGUAUAUUAUAUAUAUUUUUAUUAUCAAGGUUUUUAUUUUAAUUCAUAUUAACCUGUAUGCAAACUAACUGUGGAUUGCUAAUUUAUAUAUAAGGGGAGCACUUGGAGACAGUGUGAGGAUUCCCCUACUUAGUUUACACUCUUGUAAUCUAGCACAGCCAGUCCAUGAAACUCGUGGCUUCUUACACAGAGCAAUCUCCUGGGCAUCUGUCACCCUGAGCACAUCGCUCCUGCUGUUCCUCAGGGCAGUGCUGACGCUGCAGGACUAUAUUAGAUGCAAUAGGAAACGAAGCAAGGGAGCUCCCUGCUGUCCUGCUGCUGGCAGUGAUGCCAGGGAGAGUGCUGCAGCAGGAAUUCCCACCUGGGGGUGACUCAGAUUUAGUCUGCCCUGUAUCUGUCCCCAGCUGAUGCACAGUUGGUUUUGCCCUGCUCUCUCAAGGUGCUCAGUGCUUAGUUUUGCAGUUGCUUUGGGAGGUGGGUGUGGGAUACAGCGCUGAGGCACGGUGGUGUCUCUCGCGUGAAGUUUACCACAGGCAGCUUGUCUUUUGAACGUUGCAGAGGACAAGCAUAAACCUACAGAGAUUCCAGUUUACUGUACUAGGUAAACACUUGCCGUAGCACAUUUGUGGCUGUGCAGCACUGCUGUGGAAGCUCUGGCUGUGCUGCAUACAAGUGCCGCUCGGACUGCUAUGCCCAGGACUGGCUGCAGGAGACAGGUUUUGUGUUGAGGAGCUGUACUGCCCUCAGCUUCUGUGCUGGAGAUACCAUCAGCCAUCUCCUCCCCCUGAGUAGCACAGGGCAAAGCUUAGCUGUGCAGUUUGGGCUUUUCCUGGAGAGUCCCAGAGAAGACAGUGGCACACACAAAUGUGUAUUUUCUACUUCAUGGUAAACAAGUUCCGCUGUACCAGUGUUCACUCUAAGUAGACUCCACGGUCUGUCUCCAGCUGCAUCUGUGCACUGCAAUAUAGGUAAUUGUCUCAGAGAAAUAACUGCCGUUGUCUCAUUUAGCUCUUCAGGGUAAACUUUCAGCCUGUUGAAUCUAAAAUGUUAGCCAUGGGGUGAGAUGGAUUAGUCAAAGGCUUAAAUUCCUCAGAGCUGCAAGUGUACCCUGCAUUGCAACAGCUAAUCCUUAAAUAUAAAUUGCACACUGACAAUAAUCUGUCUAUGCAAGCCUAUUUUUUUUUAUUGUUUUUGACUGUUCACUCGAUAAUUUUACUGGGUUUGGCAUAGAACUUCUGAAUGACACUUAACCCAAAGUAUCAUGUCCAUGUGUGUGUAUAGCAUGUUUUGCUUCAUACUCAUGAAUUCUCAUUGAAUGUAAAGGGAACAUUGCCUUCCCCAUUUCGUUCAAUAAACCGCUGUAUUUUGUUAUCCACCACA